GUGGAUUUUUUUUCUUCUUCUUCUUCAUCUGACAAAAUACAUUGACAUGUCUGGCCUGUCUCUUCAACACCUCAUUGGAGCUACCUAUCUUCUGGCCGCAUGCUUUGGUAUCAGUGGCGCUAACGCCGACUGGUGGAUGACAGAUCCUCAGGAUACACCUGCUCGCUGGUACAACAAGGUCUAUGAGAUCCCUACCUGGGUUAUGCCAAUCAAAGAUUACAACGAGAACACAUUCUUGGCUGUUACUGUCUUUAGUGUUGCCCUGGUUACUCUGUCUGCCAUUUACGCCAACUUCUAUAUCCUCCGUGUCUACCUUCCAUCGGCCCCUGAGGGAAAGCGCAAUAUAGGCGAUCUCAACACUGACAUCCUAUGCUACCUUGUUGCUACCUUCUUCACUACCUUUUCUUUCUUGCUUCUCAGUGUUGGAAAGAUCUGGGUUUCCUUUGGCGUUUUCCACAAUCUAUUUGAGUUUCUCUUGCUUGCUCAUAUCCUUUUGCGCCAGGCUGGUAUUUCAAAGCGUUUCUUUACCCUUGCAGGCUUUGCAUACCUCAUGACUACCUUUGGCAUUGUCUUGGUUCUCCCAUGGCCUUUUGAUGCUGUCUACUUCAAGUUCCAGGGUCUUGUGAUUGAUGUUGUUCUCUCGGUUACCAUGAUCCGUCUCUACAAGCACAACCGUGCCAUUGCUGAGAAGACCAACAUUCGCACACCCGCCAAUAUCCAGGAAACUGGUGCUGAGAAUGGUAUCCUCCCCGAGCCCAAGGAUUCCAAGGACAAGAAAGUCGUCAACUUUUUGCCACCUGUUCACGAGAACAUCUACCUCUUGGUAGUUGCUGCUGUUGUUCAUUUGCUCGGAAACACUCUUGUUACAUUCAGCAACACUUUUAGCCUCUGGGUUAUCUUCCAAUUCUCCUACGCCAUUACCUUCCCUCUUUACGCUUACUUUGUUGUAUCCGAGCCUGAUUCUAGCCGCAUCAACUGGUACAAGGUCGAGUUUGCUCAGGAGGCCCUUGUAAUUGUUCUUGGCUUUAUUGUGUCUGGUUUGUGUAUUGCUAUCGGUGCAGUCACCUCUGGAGUCUCUAUGUAGUGUUACCUCUAUUUAUUUUCCAUUAUUUUUCUUUCUUUUUCUUUCAUGAUUUGAUAAGAGACAAAUACUCUUUAUACAUAUAUUGAUAAUAAAAUCACAAAAACACAUUGUAUAAUAAAAAAAAUCAGCAAAUAAAACCAACAAACAAACAAACUCAAAGCU